UCAAUAGAAUUCUGGUGUCUUGACGCAUUUUUUGCUAAUUUCAACGGUUGUCCACUUUGACGCGGACGAUUGUGUACCGAGAUGUGAGACGAAAGUGCUCCUGCGAAGGCUGGGUUAAAUUUCAACAUGUCCACUCUCAAGGAACGUAUUGCUGCGCUGCAAGCCAACAGUGGACUUACACCUCCUGGGGAUGGAUCGUCACGAUCUUCGACUCCAUCUGCAGGCCCGCAGCGCUCGCCGUCGGAAAAGGUGCCUGCGAAUCGCUUGAGCGACAAAAUAGCGCGUUUCGACAAACUUGGCGGGGCACCUGUGCCGAGAAGUGGCUUUGGAUUAGGAUCUCUGCUUUCUCCUGUGCCAAUUCCCCGAAAUACGAGUCAUUCAAGCGAUUUAUGGAGCAAACAGUUAGCUACUGAUGCCAAGCUGACUCGGAGCACAUCAGACCUCUUUUCAAGGGAACCACAACCCACUUCUCCAUCUGAGCCACGUCCCUUUGAAACGAUACCCCAUUUCCUGAGUCUCCUCGCCUAUACACAGUCUUUCUCCAACUCCUCGCAGCCCUUCCUGGGAGCUGGGUAUUUUAUCCCCUGUCACGUUCCGCCGCCUCCGAACCUCCGAGGGGGAUUUUUCAGACCAAUGCCUCAAAGUCCUGGAGUGGAUACGGAGCCAUCGACCUUAUUGCCCCCCUUCAACGAGGCAUGGCCCCAAUGCUUGUCGGUUUAAUGCGCCACGGUUUACUCCAACAUGCAAUCAAACUUCCUUAGAGUACUAUGCUUAGCAUUGAUGAGGUAUUUAUCAGGAAUCCGACCGAUAGGGUCAUUUCUGGACCUCUUCCCAGCUACCUUUUGCGGAAUGACAGCCAUGGACUUGACGAUCUGGAUAUCGCUCUGGCACGCCAUUGUACUAGAGACGCGAUUGGGGAAGAGGUGCCCCACAAAGCUGGCUUCAUCAAGACCAGCCCCCG